GGAGGACAGGAUGACAAAGGAAGGAAGGAGCUAACGAAGGAGAUGAAGCACACAUUGGAGAGCUGAGAUGAAGGAGUGUUUUGUGUGUGUGUGAGGCGAGGUUUGUGAUUGGCUGAGCCCGGCGAGAUGCACCAACAGCCAAAAGAAGACGGGAACAGAGGAGGAGAGGAGGGCUGCAGAGAAUACAAAGAGCAAGUGUGUGAGAGCGAGAGAGAGUGUGUGUUCUCGCUAAUGUUUCUGUGUGUGUGAGGCUUCCAGAGGUGUGUGUGAGUGCAGCAGCGAACAGAAAGCCAGGAGGAGGAGGAGGAGGAGGAGGAAACCUGAUCCCUCUCCCCGUCUGCCCGUGUGGAGCUGCUCCCAUCGUCCUCAGCAUCGCUGCUAGCUUAGCCCGGCCCGCUUUCAGCUCACUUUGGACCCCCGGCGUGGUGGGGAUCUCCAGGAUGGAGCGGUUCCUGGCCCUACUGCGCCUCCUGAGCAGGAGGAGGCGGGGGAGAAGGUACCGGGCGGAUGACGACUACCAGGAGGGCUACGAAGACGUUUACUACUACACCAGCAAGUACAACACACACCUUCUGAAUGAAGGGCCGUACACGAAGCACUCGGCUGGAUCCCGACCUCCAGAUGGAGCGCUGGCCAUCAGGAGGCAGAGCAUACCAGAUGAGUUUCGGGGAUGCACGGUAGUAGAGCUGAUGAAGAAGGAGGGAACGACACUCGGACUCACCGUUUCAGGAGGGAUUGACAAAGACGGGAAGCCUCGGGUUUCUAACCUGCGACAGGGAGGGAUCGCUGCCAGGAGCGACCAGCUGAACGUGGGCGACUACAUCCGCGCCGUUAACGGCAUCAACCUGGCCAAGUUCAGGCACGACGAGAUCAUCAGCCUGCUGAAGAACGUCGGGGAGCGAGUGGUGCUGGAGGUGGAGUACGAGCUGCCGCCCGUCUCCGUGCAGGGGUCAGGCGUCAUUUUUAAGAACCUGGAAGUGACGCUUCACAAAGAAGGAAACAGCUUCGGCUUCGUCAUCAGAGGUGGGACACAUGAGGACCGCAACAAGACCCGCCCCAUCGUCAUAACAACCAUCAGGCCGGGCGGACCAGCCGAGAGAGAGGGGACCAUCAAGCCCGGCGACCGGUUGCUAAGCAUAGAUGGGAUUCGUCUCCAUGGCAGCACGCUGUCAGAGGCCAUGAGCAUCCUGAAGCAGUGCGGCCAGGAGGCCACGCUGCUGAUAGAGUAUGACGUGUCCGUGAUGGAUUCCGUUGCCACGGCGUCGGGGCCACUGCUGGUUGAGGUUGCCAAGGCGGCAGGAUCCAGCCUGGGCGUGGCUCUGUCCACCUCCAUGUUCUGCAGCAAGCAGGUCAUCAUCAUCGACAAGGUCAAACCAGCCAGUAUAGCAGACAGGUGUGGAGCUCUCCAUGCAGGAGAUCACAUCCUGUCUGUUGAUGGGAAGUCGAUGGAGUUUUGUUCUCUGGCUGAAGCCACUCAGCUGCUCUCUGCUUCCUGUCAAACCGUCCGCAUGGAGAUCCUGCCACAACACCAGGCGCGGCCGGCCCUGAACGCACCGCAGCACGUCAAGGUCCAGCGUAGUCCCCGCCCCCUUCCCUGGGAAACCGGAGGCUCCGCCCCCAUCCUCCCUCCCUACCACUACAACACCUACCACCCUGACCAAUCAGGCGCCAGAUCCCACAACCGCCAUACAAACAACCCCCCUCUCGGCCAUUCGUUUUCUCCCGGCUCCAUGUCGGCCUACAGUCUCUCCUCCCUCAAUAUGAGCACACUGCCCAGGAACAUGUAUCCCACGAGUCCUCGCAGCACGAUGAUGAGGAGGAAGGCCAAGAAGAAGGACUUCAAGAGUUCCUUGUCCUUGGCAUCCAGCACAGUCGGCCUCGCCGGUCAGGUGGUCCACACAGAAACUACAGAGGUGACGUUGCUAGGCGACGGCAUCAUGGGGUUUGGCCUGCAGCUUCAAGGUGGAGUUUUUGCCACGGAAACUUUGUCGUCACCUCCUCUCAUCGCCUACAUCGACCCAGACAGCCCUGCUGAAAGGUGUGGCAUCCUGCAGAUCGGGGACAGGAUCCUGUCCAUAAACGGCGUCCCCACUGAAGACUCGACCUUGGAGGAAACCAACCAGCUGCUCAGAGACUCGUCCAUCACGGCGCAGCUCACGCUGGAGAUCGAGUUCGAUGUGGCAGAGUCCGUCAUCCCCAGUUCAGGGACGUUCCAUGUGAAGCUCCCAAAGAAACCAGGAGUGGAGCUGGGAAUCACCAUCAGCUCUCCGUCCAACAGGAAACCAGGUGACCCCCUGAUCAUCUCUGACAUCAAGAAAGGCAGCGUCGCUCACAGGACAGGAACGUUGGAGCUGGGAGACAAACUGCUGGCCAUCGACAACAUCCGGGUGGAGAACUGCUCCAUGGAGGAGGCUGUUCAGAUCCUCCAGCAGUGCGAGGAACUCGUCAAGUUGAAGAUCCGCAAAGACGAAGACAACUCAGAUGAGCAGGAAGUUUCCGGCAGCAUCAUCUACACAGUAGAGCUGCAGAGGUACGGAGGCCCAUUAGGAAUCACCAUCUCAGGCACCGAGGAGCCCUUCGACCCCAUCAUCAUCUCCUCUCUGAGCAAAGGAGGGCUGGCUGAGAGGACGGGAGCGAUCCAUGUGGGCGACCGUAUCCUGGCGAUCAACAGCAGCAGCCUGAAGGGGAAACCUCUGAGCGAAGCCAUCAGUCUGCUGCAGCAGGCGGGAGAAACGGUCACUCUAAAGAUCAAGAAGCAGGGAGAGCUGUCAAGCCCAAAGUCCUGUGUGAUUGGGCCAGGGCUGGGGGCGGGGCUUAACCUGGAGAGCCAGGAUGGGGAGGAGGAGCCUGUCAUCACUGUGUUGCCUCCGUCCAAUCAAAGGGCGUUCAGCACGCUGCCGUCUGUGGACAGCGCCGUGGACUCCUGGGACGGAUCCAACAUGGACAGCAGCUUCACCACCGCGGCGCCGCCGUUCCAGUCGUCACCUUACAGCUUCCAUGAGUGGCGGGGAGUCAACUCAAACAACAGCCAAUCGUCUGCCCGGCAGAGAGCCAAUCCGCUGUCAGAUCUGGGGCUGAGUGACGACGACUGGGACCGCCCACCGCUGGGAGGGUUCACUGUGGGUCACGACGGCACUGAACCCGACCAGGAGGAGAACUUCUGGUCUCAGGCGCUGGAGGAUUUAGAGACCUGUGGUCAAAGCGGCAUCCUUCGAGAGCUUGAGGCCACCAUCAUGUCCGGUUCCACGCUCAGUCUGAACCAUGACCCCACCCCUCUGCGCAGCACCCUUGGUCGUCAGUCAAGCUUCCAGGAGCGAAAUAGUUCCAAACCCCAGGUCAACCCUCGCUCCAACACCUUACCCUCCGACCCCCAGCGCAGAGCCUUUGCCAUGAAAAAGAUGAGGCAAGAAGUGAACGACAUCCUAAACCAGAACCCUGUAGAACUCCAUAAGCUCACUUUGGAGAAGGCCUCAGAACUGGAGGACUUUGGAUUCAGUGUUUCUGAUGGGCUGUUGGAUCGUGGAGUUUAUGUAAACAACAUUCGACCGGGUGGCCCGGCGGAGCGGGGCGGCCUCCGUGCCUAUGACCGAAUACUACAGAUCAACCACGUCCGGACCAGAGACUUCGAUUGCUGCCUCGUUGUUCCGCUCAUCGCUGAAUCUCCAGACCGGUUGGAACUGGUAAUCAGCCGAAACCCCUCCUCCUCCAACUCCGCCCCGCUGGCCAACCACAACGACGGCCUCACCAACAGCAGGCACUCCCCUCAGCCAAUCAGCAGCGAGGUGGGACCCUCAGAGGUGUCUGCCGAACACGCAGAAGACUGUGGUCCCAUCAAGUGGAACCAGCCUGGAGACGUGUUGGGGGUUGGGCAGGUCACCAAUAGCUCCUUAUAGCAGACUAGAACUGGAUCAAUCUGGAAUCAGCCGCUUAUGACCAGAACGGACCGGCUGGGUCAGCGGGGAAGCCAGUAAAGGAUCGUUGACAUCAAACUGGUUAAACUGGGUCAAAGUGGACUUCUCGUGGUGCUACACACACCCUCCGGAUGAACGUCGGCCUUUGACCACUUUAGUUUGACCCUUGGAACUGCUGAAGCAGCCUAAAAGCACACAACUGGACUGGAAAACCCUCCAUAACAUCUUCAACCUGACCAGUUCUAGAUAAUCGGUCAACUGGAGCUGAAUUUACAACAACUGGAAUCACAGCUGGAGCUACUGGUAUAAAUGGUUUUGCUAAGGCCAUAGCCAGAAGUUCUGCUAAAGCCACGGACACAGAACAGACAAAGUUCUGGGGUUCCACUAAAACCAGCACCACAUCUGAUGGUUCUACUAUCCUGGACAGUGGUUCUUGUUAGGAGAAGCUCAGCUCUGGGACCUGAUGUCCCGCUACAGCUACAGCUACUCCAUGGAAAUAGAUGCUAGUUCUGGUCUUGAUGGUGGAAGAAUCACAUCAAAGCCAGAACCUGGACCAGUGGUCUUACCUGGAUUCUGGUUCUUCACAGAGCCUCAGGUACUGGUCUUACUGGUCCAUCGAUGCGUUUUUAUCCCAAGCCUUAGCCACGAUUAACAAUCUGGUUCUAGCUGUGGUGUUUGUGGAUACCCAAGCAGAUUGUGGUCAGUACUUCAUGGCUUCUGGUUCCAGUAUGACAGCAGCACACCAGUACAGGGUUCACGUUCUGAACCCAGAACCCAACAAUAGAUGGAAAGAUUCCCAUGGAAACUAGGGAUGCUCCAAUCCGAGUGUCUAGGUCUGAUUUUUUGCUUAAACACAAGCUGAGGUAAUGAGGAUCAGUAGAAAGUUUCAUUCUGUUACUAAUCUAUAAACAAAUGGCACUUUGAUUAUUUCAGCCUCAGCUUUAAUGAUCCACAGGCUGGAAUCACUGAUUUAAAUAGGACUAUAUCACUGCUGCUAGCCUGAACUUUAGCUUGAAGCAUUAUGAUGAUGCGGCUCUUCAAAAUAACCUAAACCUUGAUGAAUGUGACCUUUUAGACACUGUUUAACAUUCUGAUGAGCAUUCGCUGUGAGAUAAACCCAAAGGAGUCAGAAUCUGGUAUUUAAAAAAUAUAAUAGAGCUAAUUUUUACCCCUUUUUUAAGGAGGUUCUCCAUAGUUUCAUAAACUACGGAGAACCUGGACCCAAAAGGAUUGAUUUACACCCUGAAAACGCAGCAUCAGCAUUCAGACAGGGUUGUCAUCAAAAUUCACCGAAAUUGGUCAAAAAGAAGGUCCUCUGUGUUUAGACCUCAAAAAGUUUCUAUAUAUAUAUAU